AUGGCCGUGAAAGGUGAACUGAUUUGUAUGAUACUUAUAAUGGGUAAGAGAGCAUGUAGUAAGGUGAUUUUAUAAAUUUAACCCAACAAAUAUAUCGUGUGCGUCAAAGAGUAGGAAUCGGUGGUUUAACCUACAGCUCUGUUUUCAAAUCAAAACAACUAUCCAGUUGCUGUGUAAUACUCUAAGAUGAAGAAUAGUUCGUAUUUUGCGAUGGUUGUCUGCGGAAGGCAUCAUCAAAUCCUUCUUGAUUUUUCACGGAAGUUAGCGACUUUAUAGAUCGUCAACACUUCUUUCAUUUUUCACUCUUGCCUAGUAAACGCAUAAAUGUCCUGGUCGUAGUGGUUUGAAAUUUCAAAAUUUUACGAUGUGUUUCAUGCCAUGACAAGUCUACAUGAGAUGCUGGUCGUAGUGAUAAUUUCUAUUAUCUUAAUUUAUGUGAUUCACUCAUGUCAAAGUGUGGGUUUUCAUUUGUACUUUAUGUUCCUAAUUGAACUAGGAUGACUGUUUAUAAGGAAAGUACAGAGAAAUUAGAGGUCGUUAUUUGCUGAACCGUUCGCGCACAUUGGCUUGGGAUGCCAAAAAGAGUAUUCACACAUCUUGAUCAGGACCAAGCAUGCUAUAAGCCAGAUCGCAGAAUUUUCUGAUCCCAAGUGUUAAGGAGUUGCUAGGAAUGAAUUUAUAGUCCCAGGUGCUUGUUAAUUUUAGAUACAUACUUUUAAAUUAAACAUGAUAUGCAUAAAAAUCCUAUAAUUUUCAUGGAGAUAAGCGGCUACCUUAUGUGAGCCAAACAUCUACGAACUAAGCAUGUGGGUGCAAUUAUUUCUCCCAAAGUCGCGCUAUUUCGCAGGUCAAAAAUAAUUCACACUCUAAUGGUAACUGACAACGUGCCUACCAUUUAACUUGAAGCAUGUAUGUGCAGCCGAAUAUAUGGAGCAAAGAGUUAACGGUCUUCGUAUUUAAAGGUUCAUGUACAUAAUCUAGACCUUUUUUUGUUGCUUUCAACACAAAAUAAUAAAAAGCCUAAGCAAAAAAUCGAUGUUCAAAUAGUCGUUUAGGUUUGACAAGUCUCUCAGGGUUGUCACUUAACGUUAAUAUCAGUCAUUACUUCUUUUUUCUUGUUUGUAUACUUAGUUUCAUGCAAAGUCCCUUUUACUGCAAAGCCUUCUUCUUUUGCUUGGAUUAUUUGAUCAUUAAAUAGUGCGUUUUUUCUGGUAACCAUUUAGGACAAAUUAAAAAUAUAUUAACCCUCCUUAUUGGUUCGAUUGACCAACGUCAAUUACCUUAGUGCCUCAAUAAAAAGUCGUGGUUUCCAAGCGCCUAAUCUUACUUCCUUUUUGACACAGUUGCAGUAAUGAUACUUAAAUACGUUAUAACUUUUUUUAGCAAACUCACCAUCAUUUUUAUGUAAGCAAUUCAACAAGUCUACCUGCGGUGAAUAAAUUUUCACAAAGUUGCGCUUUUACCGCGUUUGCCGGCGUUAUAUCACACGGGGGCACAUCAAAAAUUUCCGUUUACCCUAACUUAUGGAAACCAUUGCGAUAAUUUUCAGCCAGUUUUUUCUGAAAAUUGAUUUAUUUGAUCCAUCACAAUUCUGCUAACAUGGGAAGCGCUCUGUAAAGGAUUUGAUGGUCAUUUUUUCUCUCACAUGAAGAUAUGUCUUAUUCUGAAUUUUUAAUGCUGAAGACUGAUCAAAUGUACGUAAAGUUCUGCAGCAGUCGGCUCCUAUGGCAUUUAAGGAACGUUUCCAAAAUCUGAAUUGCUUUUUGUUCGUACUUUUCUUAAGCUCUGUGGUAAAACAGAGAACGGGAUGAAUGUUUUUUCAACUAGGGACGUAAAUUUAUAAGAUUGUUUGCACAACUAAAUAAAACAGCAUCGUUAGUAAAAAGGUUCAUGAAAACAAUUAAGUAAUAGUUUAAAUAAUGUAAUUUCGUCAAGGAAGAAGCUUACUUCCUUGUUUUUCAACGUGGCAUUAGGCCACCUAUAGCAGUUUCUUCCAAUUAUUGAUUUAGAUUGUUUCAAAAUUGGUCAACUACGAAUGAAUUGCGCACUUUUGACCUUUUACGGUUAGCAUUACUGCAUAGUUGCUGAUAGUUUUUGACACUUCGACAACAAAUUAAGACAAAUAAAGUUACAAAUUCCCUCUGAAUGUCUCAUCAAUACCAUCUAGGUUUGUUUCAGGAAACUAUAUUAGUAAAGUUGACCAGUUAAAUUCAACUCAUUCUCUCAUUCUUGGUUUCAUACUUUAAAGGUUGUUUCUAUUCAAAUGAAAAUGCCGGGCACAAAUUUUGAAAUGUUUAUACUGUUAGUGCUGAACUCAAAACAUUGGCAGACUGUCUUGUAGAAAACAACGCAAACCAUUUAACAUACACAGGAUCGUUUACUGGAAUUAAUAGCAAAUGGUUAAAUGUAAAGUUUUUGAAAUAACUACUAUUUUCUGCUUCAAAAUUGGUGUAAACUAGCAGCGUCUACAAGAAUGAGUAAUCUUGAAUAUCAUAUCAUCCACCGUACUUCGGUGGUAGGACCAUGUCAACAUUUACUUUCGUGGAUCAUAGUAAGAGGUGAAUCUACUUCAAUCCUAAACAACUUGUCUAUCGAAAACCGUGAAAAGGUGAGAUGCCACGCGUAAGAGUCAGUAAUGACUCAUGUCUGAAUUUGUUUACAAUGAAGCAAAUUUACGCAAAUUCCACAUCACCUUCCGGUUGCAAACUCAACUAAUUCUGGUGGUAAAACUAAUUGCAACUGCAGAUUGGCGAAAACGCAGUUGAUGAUAGGGUUAAACCCAAAGCUACACGCAUAGAACGCGAACUUGUUCCUAAUUCUAAAUAAACCAUUUCUCAAGGAGGGGAUACCGAAGCAGUAAUCACUGCAUUAUGAAAAAUAUAUACCAAUCUGAUCUUCGUUUUGGGAGUUAACCCACAGACUGGCCAUCAUCUCAGUAGGUUCACUUUGACGAUUUAAAGACCGCUUACUCCGUCUAAAGUAAUGGACCUAAGCAUUGGCUUCGAUCACGAACCACCUCAGUUUCGACUCCCCUCUCAUUUCAAAGACUCGACUGGAGACUAAAUUAGGCGCAGUGGUUGAACUGAUGUAAAGCACCCAUCAAUGUCAACUGGACAAAGGCUUGCAUCAAACAUGCUCAAAAAGGACCUUGUAAGCCACAUAUUAGAAAGGAAAAUCUCGAUUCCAACCCUUUUUCCGACGGAAGACUAAACUACUCUUUCAGUUGGCAGCCUCCUUAACCGCGAUCGUUGACGCGUCAUAGAGGGUUUAAGGUAUGAAGUAUUGAGUAGAGUAAAAACGAGAGUUCCAUUGUUGGCCUCUAAUACUUUCACCCUCUUUAUAAACUGUUGAGGGGAUUAACUUCAUGCGAGACCUCCAUCCAUCGCGUGCCCCCAUACAAAAAUCCAUCCUCCAAUUACUAUAAACAACGUUUACGAAAUCCAUGCACGACUAUUAUGUGAGGAGUGAUUGAGCGAUUAAUGUUUGUGUGAGAGAUGAAUGCUGGAGCAUUCUGGGAACUUUACUACGCAUGGGAAUAGGACCGAAUGAGUUCAUGCAGUGUCCUGGAGGGCGAGGGGUAAGGAUUUUGACAGGAGAAAACGAGUUUGACGGAUAUUUUUUGCAGCUUUCAUAACAUGGUCAGUAGGCAGACAGCUGGUGUCCCAUCGUGUUGUGGGGCUAAAAAUAAUCAGUCACAGUGCAGACAAAUUGUUACUGUGCCCAAAAUGCUGGCUGACACGCCUUAUUGUUGGGGGGGGAUGAGUAGGGAGGGGUAUAGCUAGUGUAGUGGGUAGGAAAUUGUCCAGCUAGAAUUAACAGCGACAGGAAAAUGAUGGUAUUUUUAGGACAUUGGGAAGUGGUUCUUCAGUGUUGGUGGCGUUUUGCUGCUUGAAAGGAAGAGGGAUGAAUAGUCGCGACGAUUCUGUUCGAAUCCGAUCUUAUGUAAUUCAGCCAAGUCAAGUGGUUAAUAGGCGGGUAUGGUGUACAUCCAAGGUUUUUGAGCGUCUGCUAUGCCUUGAUCAGCAAACCAUAGCAAUUUCAGCCUGGAGUGCGUUGGCAAUCUUCUGGCACCCGGUUCUCUGGCGCUCCCGCUGGGUAUUCAGGUCGUGUGCAUGUCUGCCUAGUCUCUUCUGUUAUUGUUGGUCAAAAUUCUGGUCAAGUGCGUGUUGUGGACCCGGGGGUGUGGAGUCGAGCGUCAGGCUGAGGCUUCGACCACGCCAUCCGCCUGCGCCCUCCCCCGCCACUGGUCUUCUUGACACUGUCCUGAUAUCGGGUUCAGGGGGGGGGGAGAAAAUUCGGUAGAUGCUGCACGGGUAUACUCUCACUACAAACUAGUUAACGCGCAAGUCUUUUUUUGUCUUGAUUUGAUGCACACGGCAGACAUUGCCGGAUGCGACGUCUAAACUUUCACGAUGUAGAUUUAUUGACGGUGGUUUAACUUUGAUGGCCUUGUUGACGACAUUCUUGUCUUACGUGCCUGCCAUUUCGCCCUGACCUCUCGUAUUCCGUGGACUUAGGAAGCUGCUGCACGAGUUCUCCCGGCAAACCAACAGGCCUGCCCUAUUCUAAGUAGGUGUUUUUCAAGCCCUUAUGCUCGCAUUUUCUGUAUCUGUGUAGGGUAUGCUAGAUUCCUCUGCAGGGGUGUCUUUGUACACCAUGCCUUCGUGCAUCCAUAAUGUGUCAACCUAGAGGGAUCGCUCCUGCAUGCGCACGACAUGACCAUUCCGUCAGAUUUCAAGGCGUUUUACUUCGGCAAAGUUAUUGAGAGUGCCAGUCGGGUCCAGGACCUGGGUAUCCGUAAGUCAGCUGAUAUCUCAAACAUUCAUCAGCGGGAAAGGUUGGAUUGUCAGGACAGCAGCCGUGUGCAUGUUCCGUUUGGUGCUUAGAAAGGUGCUGUUGGGAUACCAACUGUGUGGUUAGCUCUGGAGACUAGUAUUCCGUCGCGCACACUGAUUGUUCUUCAGGUGAUAAUUCCCAGGUGAGAGUACUGGUGUACGUACAGCGGGUGGUUGUCAGUGACAGUUGUGGUACAUUCGACACACACAACAGCUAACGCUGGUCGCAGCGUGAACACCGUUUCCUGACUGCAUAUGUGUCGUGCGACACAAUAUGUGGUGUUGAGCACAAAUUACAGAGACUCCCGCUCGCUGCACACCAGCUUAUUGCUAAUGAUUUAAUUUUAAUUGUCAACAACGAAUUUGCAUUAAUAUGGGUGAUAAUGUCGGCCACUGAUCCUCAGAGGACUGACGCCAGCCUCUUACGCCAUCCUUCUAUAUCAGAAAACGGAUUAUAUUUGAGAUUCGGAAUAGGUAGAUCAGGUGUGGUGUUCUAAGUAAAUCCUUUAAAAGUUACUUGUCAAAAUAGUCUUUGAUUGAAUGUUAACGGGAUUAGUUUCCAGUACAAUGUGUUUGUGGUCUCUUAUUGUGUCUUCGUCCUCAAGGACCGCGCGAAAAUAAAUAACAGUAAUAUUCAUUUUUUUGCAUUCUACUGUAAUUGUAAGAAUGAGACCGUGCUCUUGAAAGAGUCGGUGUAACAUCAAAGGUUCAAGCAGUCAGAAGGUGAUUUUUAUGCGAUGACGUCGACCUGCGUGUCUCCGAAUUCGACCAAAAUGCCCUGUCUUCAGGCGCUUACAACAAAGUUUCUAACUGCGAGAGCUGAUCCACAUUCCAUUUUUCCUGAUUCGUACAUUUAAAUUUCUUCAUAACGACUGCCCUUCAGUUUCGAUUUAGAUAGGUCUAUUAAUUAUGUUUAUUUUGAAUUUAGGUGUUGCAGCCCAAGGAAAGAAUGUUGAUGAGCUGGGCGUCUUCUUCGGUCUGCAUGCUUCAGGUGCCCAGACAGUCAGCACCACAGUUGGACCAAAAUCGGAAUGGAGCGUUGAGAGUGAGGUUCGCUUAUACGUGGAUACCUCAGCGGACGUGGUGAUUCUCACAUGUGAGGUAUCCCUACCCUCAAAACAGCACAGCCUUCAUCUUCUUUGUCCCCUGAUUCCAGAGACUCGACUCUGUUUCGAGAACUGCAGACGUGUUUGCAGUCGGCCGGAUUGUUCAGACAGUCCCGAGCUUUUCAGUGUGGAUUGUGUGGAGGACGCUUUUGUCCGAGACAUGUAUAAUAUAUGGAAAUUCCGAUAUAUCAUCAAUCGGUAUAAUGUCGCCAUUGACGGUGCAUGGAGUUGUUUCCAUGCUGGCAAAGAGACACGCACAGUCAAUGUUACCUCAGUGCAAACGACUAGUGCAGCACCGUCUACGGCACACUUACCCCUUAAUCUGCCUCACAUUUGGUCAUUCAAGCAGUCCUCGGAUGGCCGAAUAGAGGAUGGUGUAGAGGCUGCAACCCAUGAGAGCAUGGACUAUGCCGGCAAACUGGACAUCGAGGAAGAUUUUUUUAGCAACACCUCAUCCUUUACCUCCAGAGAAGCUUGGAGCAGUAACGGAACACUUCUCAGUCAUUUGAUGCAAGGUAAGAAAGCAAUUUUUAAAUAAGGGACUGGGUUCUGUGUGGUUUCACUCACAGUAAGUUCAUGAGUUCUGUCAGUAGUUGUUGAAUUUGAUGGAGUUUUUGCGAUAAACCUACUUCUAGAUGUUGCAGGCUACGUAAGAAAUAAUCAGUAAUUAUUGUGAACUGUAAACACUAAGAAGAACGCACAUUCGAACUGCGCAAAACCCAGCUUCUGGGUUGGAAGACUAGUAACAGAAGGAUCGCUGUAUUUCGGAGGAAUUUGUCAUUUAUAUAUGUAUGAAUAAAACGUUAUUAUCCACAUACCAGGUUGGGACACGCGACAUCGGUCAGCUAAAUAUCUUUAUUCGUACCUGAAGUUUAACUUUCUGAUUAUGUGGGGAUAUAAACUUGGCAUAGAAACAAUUCGUCUUUGGAGAGGUGUACGCUAUGUUUGUUUUCAGAAUUAACCGGCAAAGAGAUUAUAUUGUACCGUAAAUAAAUGAAACAGAGAUAUUGUUUGAGUCAGACGGAUUGCUAUUUGUCGGCCAAAUCUAUGAACAGGGAGUUUAAGGGAAACCUGGGAUAUCUCACGCUCUUUUUAAAUAGUAUCGAUGAGGCACGAUACCCACUCAAUCUUGCGUGUUUCCAAUAAAGCACGAAAGCAGAAUACCCGGUGGAUUUAUUUUCCGAACAUGUGUCCAACCUGUAGGGUAUGUGACCACGUCUGUUCUCGUCGCAGUCUGAGUCAAGGGCAUGACUCUCUGGAGACUGCAAAUUUGGCAGGAAUAAUCAGAGUAGAUUGUGCGUUUCGGCAGUAUUCUACCUUAGGUGUUACUUUGUUAUGGAAAGGUGUCCAUAAAUCAUUAAUCCCGCAUGCAAUCUAAUUUUCAAGGAUGACAUCUUCUAACUGACAGUUGAACAUAUCAUACUUCGGCUGUGAAUAUUAGAAGGCCCGCACAAAAAGGGGACAUGCAAAUGUUAACAAUUGGUUAGAUGAGGGUAAAUUUGCUAGGAGAUAAUCACUGUUCCCGAUGUCAUAGUGACUUAUAUUUAUGUGUUUAAGAAUAACAGCUGUCUGAGCAGUCUUCACAUAUGGGAAAGGUCUUCGUUUCACAAACAGCCCACAGACGUUACCGCGAUUUUUACUCUCCUAAAAGUCGAAAUAGUCUACUCACGCAGCUUGGCUUGAAAAAUUAACUGUUGAAGAAUAAAUCCGCUCAGUAUACAAAGACAUGGAAACCUGGGCAAUUUUUCUGCCUAUUUCUAAGAAUGUUAAGUGAAUUUCGGUUUGUUUACUCAUAAAUUGCGAUUUUAUAAAAGUUAAAGGAUGAUGUUAUGAAAAGCACUCCAACAUUUGUAGCAAACACUUGGAAGGCCUUUUCGAAAACAAACAGUCCUAAGACAGCUAAGAAGUAGAUGGUCUAAAAUGUACGCCUUAUUCUGGUCACAGGUAAUUUACAGUCGUUGAUGUUUUUGAGUUUUUUAUUGAAAAAUGACCACCAGUCCGCCAUAUUUGACUCGCGGUAAACACCUUUAGGUGCCGUAGCAACUGUCUUAAUUAAUAAGCCGGGCAAAUUUUUUAGGGCAGUCAAAAGGUUUUAUUGUAUUAAUCUCCACUAAUCACGUAAAUUAUUUCACACAAAGUAAAAUUAAGAUCACAGUGGGUUUUGCAUGGUCAUUUCAACUCGAAACAUUUGUGUUAUUAUAUCACCUUAAGUGCUUGAUACAUUUCAUUUAGCAAAUAAGCUUUAAAGAAACUAAUUUCAAGUCGAUAGGGAGUAUUAUUCACAGAUCUUGUUUGGCCGUCGGAUAGAAUAUUGAAGUUUGUUUGCUAAAGCAAACGCCAUGGCGGAAAUGAAGAACGAUUUCCAAAAUGGCUUCAUGUUGAAAGGGAUUUCCUAUGAUAUUUCAUAAAUAACGCUGGUAUAUCUGCGUUGUUUCUCUUUAGCUAAUCAGUUCUCUUAG